GCCAAAAACAAGCCAGGAAGAUGGGUGCGCUGAGGCUUGUCCUGGGGCUUGUCGUCGCUGUCGCUCUCGCCGCCGACUUGCCGCGCUGCCAGAGCGACCAGUUCUACGGCAACUACUUUGCGUCGAUCCAGUCCCACCCGUCGCUGCUGCCGUGUAUGCGGGCGGCCAACAUGACGGACCGCAUCUUCCUUCAGAUGACGCUCUUGGCACCGACGCGCGCCCAGGUCGCCGCCUUCUUUGCGAGCGCCGACUGCGAAAAGGUCUUCAACGAGGUCACGCGCGUGUACCGCGAGGUUUUUCCAGCGUCCUGCGCCUUCAAUGCGGAUGGUUUGGACAUCAAGGCGCUGGGCGCGCUGACCUUUGACCAGCUCAAGCGUGCAAUGCUCAACGCCACGAUCGCCUUGUAAAGACUACCUACUUGUCCGACUCUAGUGACGCUAACUAGCCUAAUUGUUGUGUACAUACGAAUCAAAUGUCCACGUUUG